AUGAAGUUUAACCGGCGCACACAACACCUAGCCGGUCUUCGCAGCUCCGAUUUAGGAGGAAUGCCCCGUCUUCGCGACCCAGCGGAAUAUGCAUCGAAAGCAAGACAUGGAUGGGUCGGUCACAUCAUGAGAAGAAUGGACGAUAGAUGGACUAAAAGAACGCUAGAGUGGAUCGCAAGAGAUGCUAAACGCCAUCGAGGGAGACCGCCAACGAGGUGGGGUGACACGGAUGGACCAGCUGAGAGCUCAGCUAGAUACAGCUCAAGGACCUCAUCAACGUCACUCACGAAACUUGAGAACAUCUUGGAUGACAAUGGCGAGGGAACGAAGAGAGUGGUAGAGAUGCUGGGGCCCGCACGUCCAGUGAAGACGGACCAUCUAAGUAUCUAA